AUGUACUCCCCGUCCAAACAUUGGCCUUUUGUCCUGCCCCUUUCCCGCGCCCAGUGCCUAACGGCGCGCCCAACUCCAUCAGAAGAAUUCCGAGGAGAAGCUAGCCAACUUCUUGCGUUCCAACAUACACCCGGCCCUGGGGCCGUGGUACCUCACCUCCAUCCCCGUCCUAUCCCCGCCAACUUUUCCGUCCGCACCCACCUCCCCACGCCCUUUGCCUCCGAAUCUUCUCCGGGCUCCGAAUCCUGGUUCCUGCUCGACGAACUCGUCCCGGAUCAGCGGUACGAGGUUCGCGUGUGCUGGGCCGCAACCCAACCCACCGCUUUCACCCUAAGCACCCACACCGUCGCCUCCAUCCUCGAGGACGCCGAGCUCGUCGUCGCCCUCUCCCACUACGCCGCCUCCCGCGCCUCCGACACCGACUCGGGCUCCGGCCCGGACGUCGACGCUCUACGCACCCCACCCUCCCGGCUCCUCCUCCGCGUCGUGGCCGCCGCCGACUACUUCACCGAUGACGCCGCCCUCAUGAAGAACCCCGAGCCCGUCCACAUCGACGUCAUCCUCGACCCCUUCCUCUACAACGUCCUGCCGCGCUCCCUCAUCCCCACCAUCGGCUACAUCGCCGCUCUCGUUCCCGUGGCCUGGUUCGUCGCGCGCCGCGUGUCGGGUGGCCUCCAGCAGGUCGCUCGGGGCGAAGAUGGCGCAGCCGCCGGCGCGAAGAAGAGACAGUGA